AUGACCACCCAGCCUCCACCCUGGAGCCGGCCAGGAGGAAGAGAUCACGAUGACCCUUUGCCGCCCCCGCGCUCGGUCAUUGCGAAUAUUCCAAAGUUCCACCUGCACGGCUGGGAAAACUGCGGCAACCACCGCUACGACACCACCCACGGCCACCUUGCAAGGAUGCUCGCCCGCAACGGCAGGAGGGACGGCAGGGUCUGGACGCUGCCCUGCGGUGACUGUGGCAUCCGUGUUGCCCUCAAUGAGCUGCAUGACCUUCCCUGCGGCCACAUGCUCUGCCGGGAAUGCCUGCUGGUGGCCGGCCUCAGGGUCGGGAUGAAGAUCGAGAUGAACCAUGUGCGGAUCCGGGAGGCGCGCCUCGAGAUGCAAGAAAUCGACCGCCGCCUCUACCUGGAGCCCCGCAUGGGCCCGCUGCAAAAGGAUAUGCUCCAGCGGCGGUACUCGCUGCUGCGCCGGACCGUCCUCGACUUAGCCGCCCUCACGUGCUGCGGCCACAACACCAAGCUGGACCGUCUGCUGCCCUGCAUGACCCCGGUCAUCUCGCGCGACCUGUGGCUUGCCAUCAACUGGAUCUGUAACUCGCCCGACUCGCAGCGGUCGUGUGCCUGGCCCGACUGCGGCGCCUACUUGCCCGCCUGCUGCAGGGGGCAGCCCGCGCUGACGCCCGCAAGAUAA